ACUUACAAACUUUAUCUCUUUAUAAUAUUAGUAUAGAUUUACUCAUCACCCAUAAUCCGUGUUUGCUCAUCACCCAUAUUCACGUGGUGGUAAUGAUAGCCUUUAUCAUUAAUCCGAUUGACAUCUACCUAUACUAGAGAUUCUUUAUUCAAUUUUCUAGGUCAAAGGAUUUAAGAUUAGGUGUUAACUGUUAAUGGUAAGUUCGGACUUUUCUUUUUAUAUGUAUUGGUCUAUCGUUAGACAUUACGAAGUUGAAUUGUUUUUCGUUCAUCCCUCAUCAUAUUGGUUCUGGUAAAAAGAUUCUUCUAAGAUCAGGAUUGAACGGUAAGGGAUUUAGGGCAAAAUGAUUUACGUUAGUGGGAGAAAGAUUUAGGUCAAAGUGAGUCAGACUGUACUAGGUUAAUGUGCUCUGGUUUACUGCGCAGGAUGCUUUGGCUAAUUAGCUAAAGUUUGAAUGAUAUCCCAAACGUUACGCUAUUGGUCUAGUCAUCGUAUGUUAAAGCAAUAUCUGUUUCACUCAUUAACUCUUUCAACUGAUCCAAUGUUUGUUUUUCAACUUGCCAUGUUGACUCAUUUCUCAUGGUGAAGUCUUAUAUCAUCAAUUCUGUAGGUACGUCAAUCAGAGCCAGCUUUGUGUUUACAUUGGUGUAAAACAAAAUAUUGUUAGCUAUUGUAAAUUACUGUGUAUCCGGACAUGACUUUGACCUUAAUUUAUACGCAUCGAUUUCUGUAGCAUAAGAUAACAUCUUAAUUCUUAAAAACUGCCUCGGCCUAAUGAUUGAAAUCUUUAUUUGUUUUUUUAAGAGUUACCCAAUUUAUUUUGUUAUGCUGCGGCGUAGUUCGAGCGCUAUCUAAAUAGGUAGUAGUCUCCUAUGGCUGUAAUCAGAAUAAAUACAUUCAUACGAGUAAUACCGCUCAAGAACAUUACGAGUCGCGAGUUGCGACGGAGAACGGAAAUAUUUUAGUUCUUUCAAUUUACUGCGUCACGAUUGUCUCUGCAAUUGGAUGCACUUCAUGCAGUUUUAAAAUAAACCAUAGAAUGGAAUCAUCGUUUAAUCAGUUGGAGCUAGCAAGUAGGUAACCGCGGCGUAGGCGACGGCGGUACACAUUGCAACGUGCCGAUUCGAACCCAAGGUCUUUCCUGAAGAGAACGGAGUUUCCUGCGACCGCCUAUCUCCGCACACACCGACACUCACACGCACACGCGCCCACGUGUCGCUAUUCUUUGUGCUCAUUCUUUCCUAGCUACCGUUGUGAACCCAUCUUCUUUUUGUGCCGUCCGCUGGCGUUUGAAGUCGGAGGCUCCGAGCGUUUGGUUAUAUAGGCGUCGGCGAUGCGCGCGGCGCGCAGUUACAGCACUGUGUCACUGGAGUCCGCGCGAGAGGUGGCCUGCAAGGACUGUAGUCUGUACCGCGCCGCCAACCUUUUUUUCUGUGCGUGCGAUGUUUUCACUUUCGUCAUUUUGACCGGGCCAGUUGGAAUUGACGUCGCUCGCGCACGGACGUGCCUAGGACCGGACGUUGUGAUUAUCCUGUGAUCGCUGGUGCUUCGGAUUGUUUUUGUUUGUAAAUAAUUUUGUGAGAGAAAUGGCUGUGAUGCAGUGCUAAUAUGUUCGAUAGUAACAUCCUUUUGAAUUUCUACAAUGAGAUUGCGAAUAGAAGUGCACUACAGUUGGCAAGGUGAGUGCUGGAAUGAUGGGCGAGGGCCUGCUGACGCUCACAUACGGCAAGCACCACGCCUGCAUCCUGAACGAGGUGGGGGCGGCGUGGCGCGGCGCUCGCUACUCCGACCUGGUGUUGGUAUGCGACGACGCCGUGCCUCUCGCUGCGCACCGCAUUGUCAUGGCGGCUGCUAGCCCUUUAAUAAGAAAAAUCCUUGACGAUACACCAUCAGUUGAAAAUCCAGUCACAAUUCACAUGUCCGGCAUUAACAGCACUCUCAUGAGACAUCUUCUUGUUUUCUUAUACAGUGGCCAAGCGUAUAUCGAGUCUGGAGAAAUCGAUGACAUGCAAGAACUGUUUGAACUCCUAGAAAUAAAAUCAGAUGUAUGGAAAUCAACAAAAGAAAGGCAACAAGCAGAAGAAAGAAAUAGAUCUUGCGACCGUUUAAAAAACAAAAAUCUUAAAACAGACAUCAACAGUAAUGAAAGCAGUAAACACGAUGCACCGUCGGGGUCAUCACACUCGGAAAGCGAAAGAGUCACACCUGGAGCAGGAUAUAGUAAAGAUAAAGAACGAGAUUCAGAAUCAUUGAGUAUAAAAAAAGAAAACAUGUCAACAAGCAGUAAUGAUGAAAGAGAAGAUGAUGAUGCCGACGGCGAAAAAAGGGAUAAAGAAUGUGGACGAGUUUCAACACGCAGACGGAGUUCUUCAAACCCUGUUAAUUUAUCCUUAGCCAGAAAUUCAGAAAACACGAGUAGCGAACAUGAUGACUCCCAGGAUUUAGAUGUCGAAACAGUAGCUGCUAAGAACGUUGAAAGAAGACGAUCAACAUCUUCAAGUCAAGAGGAUCAACCACAAGAAACAGUUUACAGAAGACAAUUACUACUAAGCGACAGAUUAGGUAGAACUAUAGAACGAACAAAAAGGAAAUCACACUAUCUGGAACCGCCUGAACUUGAUUUAAGAACCGUAAAAUUUGAAGAUUACGGGCAUCUCAAACCACCCGAUAAUGAAUUAAUGGCUCUCGUUCAGACUUCACCUGAAAAUUAUGUUGUAACGCCUCAUAGAAAAAGACGACCCGGUUUCCACAAUUCGCCAUCACAAAAUCCGCCAUUUGUGUCAUUACCCCCAAGUUACUUGGAAGAGAUGGCGCACUUGCGGUACGCGCAAGGACCAGGUAUAGCUGCCGGAGUAGCUCGGCUCGGUGCAUUACAUCAGUUGAGCGCUUCAGCACCUCCAUAUUUACCAGAAAGAAGUGCCACACCUCCAGCUUCAGGGCAUGACGACGCUUUAAAAUAUCGGCCUCCAAGUGCGGGUUCAUGGGGGCCGUGGCUUUGUCAACCGACAAUGGGCGGGGACGAAGCUCCAUCGGCAGAUCACGAGCAGGGCUCCAGCAAACAGGCGCCAGUCCGAGAGUACCGCUGUGAAUAUUGUGGAAAACAAUUCGGCAUGUCAUGGAAUCUCAAGACACAUCUUCGAGUUCACACCGGAGAGAAACCAUUCGCGUGUCGACUUUGCGUCGCCAUGUUCAAACAGAAAGCGCAUCUGCUGAAACAUUUGUGUUCAGUGCACCGGAACGUCAUAUCCUCUAGCGAAAACGAUGGACGAACUAAUACACCUGGAAGGUUCAACUGUUGCUUCUGUCAGUUAACAUUUGAAGCGCUACCAGAACUCAUCCGACAUCUUUCAGGACCACACAAUAGUCUCCUUCUCAGUAAAAACUUGCACGAAUGACGCCUGCCCUCGUGACGCGCGUGGACGCGUUCUAUUGGACUUUGAAACUUCUCUCGUUUCGAGAGCUCAAUUGUGAUAUGUGUUUUAAAAGGUUUAAUAUGAUAAGUGUUAGUUGUAAUAAGUACAUUAUCGCAGAGCGAUACUCAUAGUAAGGCAUUCGCAGAAGAAGGUCACUGCGGGUGUGAUGUAAAUUUAUAAUUUAAAAAUCACAUGCCGAAUGGGUCCAAAUAUUUAUAAUUUGUUUAAAAAUUAUAAUCCGGGACCAACUCCUUCCGAGAUAGUAUUUAUUUGAAAAUGUAUUUCAUUAGCAUAAAUAUUAUUUAAAAGCCACCGACACAUUAAUUCCUUAAGCAUAGAAAAUAGAUGCGAUUGUCUUUGAGAAAAGUUGCGAAGUUUGUACAGCCUUUACUAUAGGAACGUCACAUGAACUACCUCCUAAUUUAAAUCAGAGUUUGAUAAAACUACCGGUGACGCGGUUUUGCAGCAUUGACUCUUUACUUUUUAACAUUGAACACAAGUACACAGUCAAUGUUUCUAGUCAGAAUUGGAACUUAGAAUUAAAAAAUCAUUGUGUUGUUCAUUCACAACGAAUACCUAAAUUAACUGAAAAUAUUUAUAUCAUCAAAUUAUUGGAGAUUGAAGUUCCUAAGAUUUAAUUCUGUUAAUCAAAAUAUAAUAGACCAUCAUUAGAUGUGCUUUAAAAUAAAUGCCCCUACAUUCUGUUUUUUGGACCUUAAUCAAAUUAAAUUCAGUAAUAUUGUAUCUUUUGACUUUGUUCCAAUUUAUUGCCUGACUUUUCAAGGUUUCGCAGCUUUUCGGACAUUUAAAAUCUCAUUAUUAGUUUUUAUUUCUUAUGUAACUUCUAAAGUUAGAAAGAAUGUGUUCGUAAUAUUAAAUUUGUCUAUGCCUUCAUAUUGUUCGUGCCGAUUUAUUUUCAAAGUGGAUGAACACCAAAGAUUUGUAAAGCAUUGAUGUUGUUUUGGUGUAAUACAAUUAAGAGAAAUUAUAGGGACCUGAAAGAUUUCGAUGUUAAACUUAACGUAUGUAGGUACCAAUUUAAUAAUCUCACGACUGUAAUUAAUUUUCUUAAUAUUAUUAUUUUCUUUUCUACAGACACUUCCGUAAUUCCACUAAGAGCUGUUAUACAAGCUUAAAUACUAUUUUUUGAAUUUUUAUACCUAUCUUAGUAUUAAUUAAAUGUCGUCUCGACAUUACGUUCAAAUUAAAAUGUUUAUCGUCUUUAUCUGUACUUUAGGCUUUGUUUAAAUCUUUGAAGCUUUCUUUAGAGCACACUAGUAUUGUGGCCAGUUAUUUUUAAACUGAUAUCGUAGUUAAACUGUAUGGUUGGACUGUUUUCUUAAAGUUACAAUUAUUACUGUCAUUCAUUUAUUUUUUCAAUGUUAAAACCGAAAACCAAAAGUGAUUCGCUGCUUUAAUUUUAAACCAAAACAUGUAAAUUGUCUUAUGUUUUGAUAAAGGUUCGCGUCAAAUUCUUAAUUUUGGUUAUGUUGUGAAGCAAUAAGUAGUGCCUAAACGUCGCUUUCGUAAUACUCAUUUUCUACAAAUGUUAGGUACCAUUUGGUUAAUGUCAACUUUAUUUAGUUUCGGGCAAUAUUUGCAACGAGUCUUUGUACUUCAAUAAAACUUAAGUUACCAGAAAAUUGUUCAAAAACUUAGAAUAAUUGACAGAGUUGUCGAAUCGCUUUAACGAUUUCCUUUUGAAUGUUACCUAUCGUUAUACCUGAUAUUUUUAUUUUACGUUUUUUGUUUUUAUUGACGUAUUUUUGUAAUUGGGGAACAACUUAAUCUUAAGCAUUGUGAUUUUGAUUGGUUAGAUUAUGUAUGUGAUAAAUGUUUGUUUUUAUUGUAUAGGGCGCAAAGAGAACGCAGUCUUCCAUCGCGUUUUCCAUAUUUUGUAAAUCUAUUUGUAAAUAGUUAGACCUAAGUGAUGCAUGACAAAAUCGUCCAUGAAACCAAUCGCUGCCGUUGAUACGUAAAACGUCUACUCGAACAAACUUUCUAUAUUUUUACUGUCAUUUGAAUACUUCCAUAGAAAUAAGAUUGUUGUGAUAUUCUGGCGUGCCGGAGAUGCCUUAACAAUGCAAUUUAUAGAUAAUUUAUAACAGUCGAAUGCUUCUUUUAUUUCAUUUUCAACACCAAGGCUUUCUUUAAAUUUCUCCCUUUCAGUAAUUUCCUUAUUAUUAGAAAAUCAUACAUAGAUAUCUUUUUAAUCAUUAAUAAAUUCAUAAAAAAAAUUAUAUGACUUCAAUUGUUUUCUGAAAAAUAACCAAUUAAAUAAAUGAAGCAUUCGUCGUUUACCAUAAUGCAAUCAAGAAGUUUCCGACUAAAAUGACUUUGUUAGAAUUUUAGGACAUCCUCUAUUUUGUACAGACUGCAAACCACAAGCAGCCCGCCCUAAAAGCCCGCCCACAAACCAAGGAACUAUUACGUAUACUGUUCUAAAACCGCGAAUUAUAACAACUAGAUUUUUUCGUAUAUACGCUGUAUUAUUUAACAAUGUUGAACUACUAUCAUACAAAACAGCCCCUCUAACAAAACACCACGAGUCAUAUUACUUCAAUGCUCUCUCUCUCUCUCUCUCUCUAUUCUACUGUAUUUUAAUCAUGCAUUUUACAUUUUCUAUCAACAUUUCCCAAAUUUUUGACGACCUCAGACCUCCACUUCGAUUGUGACACUAUUCAAUUGUAAAAAAAAAAUAGGUGUGGGCUUCAGCGAAACCGUACAACUUAGAAGAGGACCUAAAAUUAAGUACAUGAUACAUGCUUAUUUUGUAUCAAAAUCGUGCGAAUCGUCCAAUUAAACUUAUAUGAGUAGGCACUUUUUUAGCCGAACAUGUCACAUUAAUUACCCAGGGUCUGCUUAUUUUUCUAAAAGCUAUGUUGACUUUGCGUAAAUCAGCCAUAAUUGUAUAGUGAUGAUGAUAAUGAUGAUUGAGUUUUUUUAUUUUUCCCACGGCAGUCGUAGGGAGCCGCUUGAUUCAGGUGGUGUAAGACCGUGACGUGAGGAAGUCCCUACUGUAGACCUAUGCCCUUCUGUGUACGUCUAUUGGUUUACAAUGAUGAUUCUCCCGUGGAACUUAGGGCUGCAACAGCAGUUUAUCAUGUUCUCCUCUCUUUGGCUACUGCCUUGACAUAGUUUCACGAGAGUACCACUCUUUUAAAACCUUUGGACCUCCUCCGGUUGGUCAACCAGGUCACCAUCGCUCGCUAGCAUCGAGCGCCAUUAAGUGAACAGUGUUUCCCUCUGUUCGUAAAAUAUAUACCUGACCCACUCACCGCAUCGCCUCAGAGCUAUUUCCUUGUACACCGGGAGUUGGUCUUCCCACUAAUUUUUAUUCCUAAUUAUGUUGUUCCCAAAAAUACGGAGAAUCCUUGAGACACUUAUUUAGGAAAACCUAGAUUUUGUGAAUUAACAAUUUAGGUCUUCUACGUUUCACACCUACUCGUACAUAAGAGGACCAAGGCGUACAGUCCACAGACCUUCAUUCCUAAUUUGUGUUAAACCAGAGAAUUCUGAAAAUAACUCUGAGACACUCUGUUAACUAAAUUAACGAUUAAGUUGUCUUCCACGUUUCCAAGUUUUGCAAGAGGCCCAAGGCAAAUAAAGCUCUCUCUGUACUCUCUAGUAAAGACUAAAGCCCUCGUAGAUUUAGUUUUACGUAAUUAACUAUCACCAUUAAACCAUAUCAUAAAAAAUCAACUAUUCACAAUAAAAGGGUACACUAGGUAUUUAUUCAAAUUGGGUAAACUUGCUAAAAUUUGAAUAAAUGCUUUAAGUUAGAGCCAAAAUUGUAUGGAGAUUUCAAACCCGUCUUUUUCCUGUAAGUAACCCCUACAAGUGUAUGCACAAUUUACAUUGACUUCUUCAAAGUUGUUCAAACUUUAGAGCUGACUAAAAAUUCUACAUACAAAUUGAGUAGGACCGCAAAAAAUUUUUGGUUGAAAAUAUCGCACGAUUUUGAUGAAAAAAGUGAUGUGUUGGCUUUGGCUAUUGAUGUAAAUACGUAGUUUCUAAGCUAACGAGGAGAAAAGCUUAACUUAAUUUUGUUGAACUUGAAUAUUGGUUUUCUCUGUUAAUUGUAAAAAAGUAUUUUUUAAGUUUUCACAUAGUGUACAAUUUUUUGUAGAUAUUGUUUAGUUUAUUAACAUUCUGUAAAAAUGUGUUCUUACCCUAGUAAAUUAAAUAACGAGAAUAUUUUAGUUACACAA